GGGUUUUCCGUAGGAGGAGCCUGACGAUAAGGGCGCUACAUUUCCGUUCACAACUCACACUGAGCCGAAGGAGCCAGGACCAGUCCGGAUACGCGUGACACGGAACCGAAACGCGCGAGCCCGUGAAUGGAGCGUGUUAUCCGGAUGUUCGUCUCCAUUCUCCUCUUCCUUUGCUUAAUGUGGGUGGUUCAUGCCACCCUGUUAGAAGCCCCGCCCACUAGCCAAUCAGGUCCACAAUGUAUGAACUGGGGUGUGUAUGAAAGGGAAAAGGUGAGAGUGUAUGAGGGUGAAGCGGGGAGAAUACACUGCCCGCUCUUCUCACACCCGAAGCUGUAUAACUACGCUCAGAUCCAGAGCACGGGACACACACUGCUCUGGUACCGACAUACACACGAGCUGGAGGAGCCGGUUGACCUGAGCCUCCCAACGUUCGUCAAACACAGAGACGCACUGUGGAUACAGCCGGCCAGCAUGCAGGACAGAGGAGAGUACAUCUGCAUUCUCCGGAACAUGUCAUCGUGUGUGAAGAUCGGUGUAAGACUGGAUGUGGUUCCCCGUAUGGGCGACUGUGACGACACACUGCACCGUAACUUCUCCGUCCCAUUGCAGAGCAACUACACACUUCGCUGUCCCAACGUUCAGCACCUACCAAGCAAGACGUACAACGUCGUCUGGUACCAUCACUGUAAGAGUGACUUUUUCGACCGCAUCUACAGGGAUGUGCGCAAUCACGAGCUGAUGAUCUAUCAGAUGUUCUAUUUUUACGUCGGCCCUUACACCUGUGUCGUCACCUACCAGAGCAACGGACACACACUCAACUACACACAUACCAUCACCCUCAGAGCCGUGUCCAACGGUGAGGCCAAAGAGCCAAUGAUUUGGAAUCCAGCUGUUAAUGAUAUUUACACUGUCAGUGUGGGCAAGGAUGCAAAGUUGGCGUGCCGCGCGUUCCUGCCAUACCUUAAUGACGAGGAGCCGCAGGUGUGGUGGAGCAUCAACAAUAAGACGCUGGAAGAACUGUCAGAGCCUCGAUACUCCUCACCUGCAGUCAGGGUGCUGGAGGAUGAUUAUGGUGACCGUAAAGUGGAGAGAAUCUUGAAUGUGUCACCGUUUAAAGAAGAAGAUCUGCACAAAGAGUUUCGCUGCUCUGUUCAGAACAGCAAAGGAUUUGACAGCAAAGUCGCCACACUGAAGGAGGAGGUGUACAUUCCCUCUGUAGAGCUCGGCUGUGGUCUCGGUGUGACUCUGGUUCUCGCGUUGUUGCUCUUUGUGUUGUAUCGUGUGUUCUGGCUCGAGGUGCACCUUCUCUAUCGCUCCUGGUUCGGCACGGACGAGAGAGACACAGAUGGUAAGGAGUAUGAUGUGUACAUCUCGUACGCACGCGACACUGAGGAGGAGGAGUUUGUCAUGGCAACGCUGAGGCGUGUGCUGGAGGCGGAGUUUGGAUACACAGUGUGUAUAUUCGACAGAGACAGUCUGCCAGGAGGAACUGUAACAGAGGAGACUCUGCAAUUCGUAAGCCGUAGUCGGCGCUUGCUGGUCAUACUGAGUGCAUGCAGUGCAUUUCGGGAUGCCCAGGCUCUCCUGGAGGUUCGGGCGGGUGUGUCUGCCAUGCUGCGGGGGGGCAGCGUGAAGCUGGUGCUGGUCCAAUUUAAAACGACUCACACGACACGUGACAAGAGUCACAAACGGGACACACACAAGUGCGUGAAAGAGCUGCGCCGCGCACGUAUCGCUCUAGCGCUAGUCCAGUGGGAGGGAGACAAGUCUACCUCACUGACGUCUCACUUCUGGAAGAAACUGCGGCUGCAGCUGCCCGUCCGCACACCGCCACAAACAACAAAACAUACACAGGAUACGUCAUAUACCGAUGAAAAACAGAAAUCAGAGAGUACAUUGCUAAUGCUGGAAUCGUUACAUAUGCCUAACACACAUGAGAACAACAAUACACCCAAAGAACACACAGACACGUUACACAAAACAUAAUCACCAUCAUCCAUCACUGUCGUGUGUGUGUGUGUGUGUGUGUGUGUGUGUGUGUGUGUGUGUGUGUGUGUGUGUGUGUGUGUAUAUAUAUAUAUAUAUAUAUAUAUAUAUAUAUAUAUAUAUAUAUAUAUAUAUAUGUAUGUAUAAACGUAAAUGCCAUGUGGGCAUAUCCAAAAAGUAUUGUGACUCAGGCCAAGAAAAUGACCCUGUAUAAGGGUUAAUUGCUUUUUUUUUUUUUUUUUAACGCAAAAACUACUGUAAAAUUAUAAAUUACAUGUUAUAUAAAUGUUUUCGCUGUAUUUGUUUUCACUGACAAAAAAUGUAUAGAAAUAUGAGUUAGAGUUUCAUUCAUUAAAAAAAGGUAACAGGUAACGCCCACUAAUUCUGAAAUUACGCAACUAGCCAGUGUUACAAGGAGGAGCCGUUAGUGAAGCAUGUUAGCUAAACAUAAUCAGGCCCUUUUCACAAAUACCAGAAGUACGUAGUCACAGGGUAAAAGAUUUUCCGCCUAAUAAACAAUGACAUUUCCCAGUUCACUUGUAAUGAAAAGAGUUUAUCCUCUUCACUGUUGUCGAAACUGAAAUUCAAAAAUACAUUAGGACGCAACCGGAAUAAAUAAUAAUUAUAAAUUCUUCGUGGAGAACUUCUUUCACAGCUGUCAGGUUAACGUGGAUGAUAACUAGCUUCGUAGUUACGUGAUGUUGUUCAUGUAUUAUAUUUCAUACGUUACCAUUUUAAUUUAUUUGCAUUACUCACUUUUACAGAAUGAUAAAAUUGUGGAUAGAUGAAGCAGUUAGUUAAAUAUCGCUGAUGGCAUCUGUUUGCUAACAUUAGUUCCUAGUUAGCUAGGACACUCGUAAUGAUUUAUUUUGUUAUUCCGCUGAAUGUCUUAAAGGUCUGCCAGAUUAGCUUCGUUUCGAUCUCUAAAUAGCUGAAGUUAGCUAUUUUAAUAUUAGUUUUCUACAAAAUAAUAGAAAAUACUGACCUGACUUUGGCAGUAACAGUAGCACCAACCUUCAUUGUAUUAUUGAAAAUAAAUUUUCCCUGUGAAGGCUACGUCUGGCAGCAAAAAAAAAACCAGAAGUGUUACAAGCUUGCACAUUAAUAGAUUCAUAAAAUACAGUAUUAAAUAUAAUUAGCUUGGUAAUGUUACGCUGAGGAGUUAACACUGAGAGUUAACUGAUUUGCUAGUUAGCUAAUAUCACUCUAUACAAAAGUAUUAAAUAAGCCAGGAUACAGGGUACUUUGGUAAAUUAACAGUAUAAAUAUACAUGUUUUAUUUUUCACACGCUAGCUUUUAAGUAUCUAAAUGUAUGGGUUUUUUUUACACAACCUGAACAUUAAGCAUUUCAUUGUGUGUGGGUGUGUUACAGUAUUCAUGUCAUUCAGCCAUUUUAUACUGCUUUGAUUUUGUGAUUUGAUUUGAUUUUGAUCAUGUUUCAUUUCAACUGUGUUAUUACAGAAAUGAAUAAACAUCAUGUUCAUAUUCAA